GGCCCCUGCGCCGGCUGCCUCAGGGUCCACAGCCCUCCUGGUGGCUUUGCUGGACCCUUCCAGAGCCCAGAGCCCUGUGAGGGUGGGAGCGAGCAGCACCGGGGCACGGCGGUGGGAAGUGCAGCAUGGGAGAGGAGGGUUUGUUUGUGCCGUCGGAAAGGGGAAGCGGUGAGAGGGCUGAGCCAGCGGCCCCCGUGAGCAAACCGCCCUCAUGGCCGCUGCUUCCCCCGUGAGGCUCCGCUUCUCGCUCUGCUCCAGCAGCUGGAGAAGAAGCCACGGCUGUCAGAUGUGAGCAUGGUGCAUGAGGAACCCACCACAGAGAUGCCUCCAGCCCUCAGGGGUCUGACUGCAAGCCGUGCUUACGGGAAUUCACUGACCACCACAGCCCUGCCUUGGAGUAUCCCACCCCCAAAAGCUUUCUCCCAUCCCUGAUUGCUGAGGAUGAUUCCUUCUGCACCAGCAUGGCUGAAGAGAAGGAGGACUCGUCUUCCACAGAGCUGGAUGUGCCAGCAGCAGACUUGCACAGCAGCACAGAGGAUCUCCUCUCAGACUCUGCUCUCCACGGCACAGAGUAUUACAAAGAUCUGGGACUCCUGAGCCUGCCGUCUGCCAAAACAGCGCCAGACACAGCAGCACAGCCAGAACAAGGAUCCCAGACUGUGUCUGCCCUUCCCUCAUUGGAAGAGAGACCAAGGGCUGUGAGCAAACUGUCUGUGGAUGUUGCUUUUUCCAAUCCCGUUUCCUGCUCGGUACGUUAUGGCGAGGCUGACUGUCGUUUUCUGAACAAAGGCCACCUGUGCUCUGGUGCAGCCAUGCCAGAUGAUGGUGCCAGCACUUCUGAGCAUCCUGCAGAGGCAGACAAUGAGCUGGACCUGCAAGAGGCCCAGGAUUCCUUCCCCACGCUGGUGAGAUCGAUGUCCACGUCCCGGAGGCACAGCUGGGAGAGCCCUGUGUCACCCGUGGACUGCAGGCGCAGGUUCAGCCUGGAUGUCACAGAGCUGGGCAGUGAUCCAGAGCAGGACGAUGUGGAGAAGAGGAGCCAGUCCUGCCUGCAGCCUCAUGUGUCCCUUCAGCUGCCCAAAGGGGAGCGGGGAGCCUGGAGCAGCAGCCGGGGUGGCACAGUGAUCAAAGUGGAGAUAGAGCCGCUGCGCCCAGACCUCGUGGCCUGCCCCAGCUUGCAGGAGAUGAAAUGUGUCGGCAACGGGAAGAGACUGAGGUCCAGGUCUGUCCCAUCAGCCUGUGAGACCACUGCCUCCCCCAAGAUACCUCACAGUUUCAACACUUCUCUUCCAGCAGUGGAAGGUGUUGAACCCCCUGCUCUGGAGAUGCUGGAGAAGGACCAUGUGUCCCCAGACCAUGUGCUAAUUGUCCAGAAGGUACUUCAGGAGCUGAAACAUUACCAUGGGGCGAAGCAGAGAGCUUGUGUGCAAGAAGACAGCGAUUCUUCCCAGCAGAACCUCACUUGGUUUGAGUUCCUGUCUAAUGAAAAUGAGGACAGUGGGAAGAGUGACAAAGCAGAGAAAGGCACAAAGGUGAUGCGACGUCUGAGUUCCCUGCGGAGCCGAGUCACUGGAUCCUGGCAGAAGGAUAAGGGUAAGAACAAAGAGCAGCCCAAGGAGAGAGAGAAGGAGAAAGAGACAAAGGAGACAAAAGAGAGGUGUAAAGAUAUCAAUGGGCACCAGCUUGUGCCAGGGGUUUUCUCCAGUUGCACCAGCUGCUCACUGUGUGCCAAACCUCUUGGGAAUAAAAGUGGUCUGCAGUGCCUGAAUUGUGCAGUGAAUGUCCACAAGAACUGCAAGAGUUUGCUGACUGAAUGCAGCAGCAUCAGACCCAAGCAGAAAGAUUUGCAGCACAGACCUUCUGGAUCUCCACAAAGUUCGCCCCAGUGCAUUUCCCCAGCCACUUCUCUGAAGGAGCAGCCCCGAAGUCUCCUCCUGGGAGCGGAUGGCACCCCAGCACUGUCCCGGAACCUCGGGAUGACUAUCGCCCAAAGAGGACAUUCCCAGCCUUCACUGAACACUGCUGGAGCUGUUAAUAAAUUUGGGCUAAUUUCAGGAGACAUGGAUGAAGGGGAUUCAGGCUUUGUAAAAUUUAAGCAGACUUCAGAUGACGUUAUCUCGCUUGCACCUUCAACAGCAGACUCCAUUUUUCUGGAAGAUGCAUAUUCUGUGUCCCUCCGGAGUGAAAUAGAAACAGAUGCUCAUGAGUUUGAGGCAGAGUCUUGGAGUGUUGCAGUGGAACAGCCUUAUGCAAAAAGGCAAAGGAAAGAUGUUAUAAAGAGGCAAGAUGUCAUUUAUGAACUAAUGCAGACUGAAAUGCACCACGUUAGGACACUGAAAAUAAUGCUGAAGGUGUACUCCAGAGCCAUGAGAGAGGAGCUGCAGUUCUCAAAUGCAGUCAUCAACAAGCUCUUUCCCUGUGUGGAUGAGCUGCUGGAGAUGCACGGGCAAUUCCUGCUCCAGCUGAAGGAGAGACGGAAGGAAUCCUUGGAAGAAGGCAGUGACAGAAAUUAUAUAAUCCAGAACAUUGGAGACCUCUUGGUGAAACAGUUUUCAGGUGAAAAUGGGGAGAGAAUGAAAGAAAAAUAUGGUGUGUUCUGUUGUGGACACAAUGAAGCUGUCAGCCAUUACAAAGACCUGCUCCAAAGCAAUAAGAAGUUCCAAAACUUAAUAAAGAAAAUUGGGAACUGUUCCAUCGUGAGGAGGUUGGGUGUUCAGGAGUGCAUCCUCCUGGUCACCCAGCGCAUCACCAAGUACCCGGUGCUGGUGGAGCGGAUCAUUCAGAACACAGAAGCUGGAACUAGAGAUUACGAGGAGCUGACCCAGGCCCUUGGUUUGAUUAAGGACACCAUCAGCCAUGUAGAUGCCAUGGUAAACGAGUGUGAGAAGGGGCAGCGACUCAAGGAGAUCAUGCACAAAAUGGAGCUGAAAUCAUCUGGGAAAUGCAAGAAUGGGCUUUUGUUCAGGAAGGAUGACAUGGGCCAGAGGAGGCUCCUCCUGGAUGGGAUGCUGUACUGGAAAGCUGCAUCAGGGAGGCUGAAAGAUAUUCUGGCAGUCCUGCUCACUGAUGUACUGUUGCUCUUACAAGAAAAGGACCAAAAAUACACGUUUGCAUCCGUGGACUCUAAGCCACCAGUUAUCUCACUGCAAAAAUUGAUUGUGAGAGAGGUAGCUAAUGAGGAAAAGGCAAUGUUCUUAAUUAGUGCUUCCUUGAAAGGACCAGAAAUGUAUGAAAUUCACACCAGCUCCAAGGAGGAGAGGAAUUCCUGGAUGGCACACAUCCGCAGGGCUGUGGAGAGCUGUCCUGAUGAGGAAGGAGGUACAUUUAAUGAACCUGAAGCAGAGAGGAGGCUGGCUGAAGCAAGAGCUGCAAAGUUAAAAGAUUUUCAAGAGCGUUUGAACAUGAAAGAUGACCUGAUUCUGCAAAGUCUCACUGAGAAGCAACAGAUUUAUCUGGAAAUGUCUGAGGUGAAUGGCUUUGAAGACCAUUCCCAAGGAUCCCGAGCCAGGCUGCUUCUUCGGGGGGAUAUCUCAGAGAAUCUGCAAGGAGAGGCAAUUCUGAAGUCUGCAGUGACUGAAGCUGAAAAUCUCCAGGACUUUAUCUUCACUCACUUUGGCAGUGCAUCCUGUCAGCCUGAGGAUGGCUCAGGACUCCCCCGGAGAGCAGAGACCUUUGGAGGAUAUGACAGUAGUCCUUCAAUUUCAAGUAAAAGUGGCAGGAAGAACAGUGGUGGUGACCAGAGGCAGUGGGACUGGAGAGGCCCUGCACUGAGUUCAGAUGUGCAACUCCAUGACCCCUCUUCUGAUGCAGAAGAAGGAUCUCAAACUAGUGAUGGGACGAGGCUGGAUGACAGCAGUGGUGUUCAGCCCACCGUAGAGUCUCAGCUUGUCCAUAGGAUACAGACGCUGUUGCAGUUGCUCUUCAGUCUUCAGGCUGUGAUAUCUCAGCAGGACAGCUACAUCGAGGUGCAGCGAGCCACCAUGGCAGACCGGGAGAAGCAGUACCGGCUGCAGUCCACCCGGGGGAAUCUGCUGCUGGAGCAGGAGAAGCAGCGGAACUUCGAAAAGCAGAGGGAAGAGCUGAUGAACGUCCAGAAGCUCCAGAGCCAGCUGAAGCUGGAGCAGCAGCGCCUGGAGCGGGAGAAGAGCCGGCAGCAGAGGGAAUUUGAGCUCAAGGAAGCGCAGCUGCAGGAGCGCGCCGAGGAGAUGCGGCAGCUGCGGGAGAGGCUGAGCCAGGACAGGGAAGAGCUGGAGAGGCAGAGGGAGGCCUACCAGCACGACCUGGAGAGGCUGAGGGAAGCCCAGAGAGCUGUGGAGAAGGAGAGGGAGCGCCUGGAUCAGCAAAAGAAGCUGAAGAAGCAGAACACAGUGUCAGGCACCUUCUCCCCAGAAAUGGGCCAGAGCCAGAUGAUCAGUCAUUCCAUCAGCUUCAAUGGAGAAGGGGUGGAACCAUCUGCAGCUGGCUCCAAAUCCUCAGUGAGAGUGAGCUCGGUGGCCGGGCUGGAGUUCCUGGAGCGGCCGGACCUGGCGCGCAGGGACAGCACCACCCUGGAGACCCGGCCCUCCCUGAAGAAUGAAGUGCCAAUUCAUCUCCUGAGUGCAACCAACCAGAUCCAGAAACCAGCUGCAGUCCAGCAGCAGAUCCCCACCAAGCUGGCCACCUUCACAAAAGGAAGCAAGGAGAAAGGUGGCAAGAGCAAAGCAUCUCAUAGGACAGACAGUUCAGCCUCUGUUGAUCAGAAGCAGCUGCUUCCCCCCAGGCUUGCUGGACGAGAGGAGGCUGUCCUGAGAGGCAGGAGGUCAGCGAGCCCAUCCCUCCCAAGCAGCCAGACCACUGCAUUCCAGCCAGAACUGUAUGGCCCUACAGAUGCUCAGCCAGAAGCACUUUCAUCUGCCUCAGCGACCCUCUUCAAGCCCAAUAACGUUCAGGUUCAGCCUCUGGUGCCCUCUCAGCCCAGUCUGUUGAAUGUGCAAGAUGAUACCAGCAAAGAAGAUGUCAUUUUCUUCUAAUUGUUUGCAUUUGAAGAUGAAUCACCUGACACACUGUUUCAAGAACUCAGGCCCCAGUGUGCACGGUGAUGGAGACCCGACGUGGAUGUCUUCUGAUCCCUGCCCAGUUACCACAAGCAAGGACCAGACCAGGAUUACUGUCCUGCUUUGUUGGCUUCUCUGCCAGCAGCUCAGAAUGAGGGCACAGUAGUAACAAUUUGCUUUUAAAUUCUCCAGUGUGUUGACACAUGGCAUGGCUAUAUCAAUUCAGAGCAUGUUAAAAUUCUGACAUUUAUUGUAAUGUGCUCUUUUUGGAGAAUGUAACUGUUCAUGGGCACCAUCUUGCAAAUUGUUAUUGGUGAUGUUGAACCACCCAGAUUUUUAUGUAAAAAGUUUUAGUGGUAGGCCCCAAAAUGGCUGCAAAUUUUUAAAUCUGUUUUCCCAGGUCCAGUUCAGUAAUGGGUUGUGUGUUGGUAACCAGGUGACAGCAAGCCAGUCCCCUCCCAGCCAGGUGUGCCAGGCACUGUGAACCCUGUGGUACAAGCCCCGUGGCCAGGUACAGUGGAAGAGAAGGUAAGGUGAGCUUCUGACAGCAUCUUCAAGGGGCAGGAGCUCCACCUGUUUGUGGAGGAGAAGGGUUGGACGUGUGAGAAUUCACAGUGAUGAUGAAGAGUUGGACUGAAUGCACAUUUCAUUGGCCACCAGCAUCACUGGGACCCUGUCUCCCUGUUGGGGACAGCAGUACAGGUUCCCAGGCAAACUCCUCAGUUGGUUCAGAAUGAACUUAGAGACUUGGAUUUAGUUCUUUGCUGAAGACAUGUCUAAGAAGUGUUCAAAUGCAGUAAUUUAUUGUCUUGUUUAAUCCUGUUUUCUGCAUCCUUUGUUUGUCUGUUAAUUUGUUGGGACAAUACUCCCAGUACCAGAAGAUAUCAAAGCUGCUGUUGCUGCAGAGACUUCUCUGUAGCAUCGUGUUAGGAAUGAAGGGAAUAAGAACUGUUUGGUUUUAGAAUUAAAAAUAAUUAUAAUAAAAAAAUACUCUUAGCUAGACCUGUGUUUAGCUGCUUUCAGCUAAACCAGCUUUGAUACCUCUUGUGAAAUGGGUCAGUUCUUGAUCAUAGAAUGGUGGUGACAUUAAGUGUUCUGCUCAAAAAGGCAUUAUUUCCCUUUGUAGUAAUUUGCACAGUCAUUUUGUGUUGUGUUUUUCACUCUGUGUCCCGGAUUCUUUUCCCACCCUCACCCAAGGAUGUGUGUUCUGGUGUGUGUUGAGUGUGACUGGUCAGAUAAUGAUGCACAGGAGAGAUUGUUUAGGGGUAUUGUUACAGAAUUAAAGGAAUCAGGAUCUCAAAGCUUAAAAUCUUGGAUUAAUACCUUUCAGGACAUGAUUGAUAAUAACUUUUUUUAAUACCUUUAACUGAUUUAAAGUGAUUUUAGCAGCAGUGGAUGGAAGGUCUGAUCAGUUCUCCAUCCAGUCUCAUCGCAGGGGAUCCAGUGGUGUUUGCCAGUCUCCUCUGAGCUGUCCCUGUGAUUAGGCCCUGUAUGAUGUUAGUGAUGUCUUUAAGGCCAUAACUUCUCUUUGCUUGAAAGUUUUAAAAUUAUUUCAGUAGUUACAGUGCAAGAAACUUUAUCAAUAAUUUUCAGCAGAAAACAGCAGCAGUUUAUAUUUUCACAUGGUGAUAAUUUGGGUUAUUGCCUUCAGACAAGAAAUUUAAGAAAGGGGAAAGAUAAGCUACAAAAUACUGAGUAGGUCUUAGGGACAAGCACUCCUGCUGGAACAGUUCUUGGGUUUAAGGGUCUUUUUCUUAGCUGAGUGGUGCUGCUACAAACCUGAGACAGUGGCACUGGGUUCAUUGAGAGGGAACUCCAAACUCAAUGGCUCAGUACAGGAUUGGGGAUGCCUCCCCAGCCCCCCACAAGUGAAACUGGACACACUUGGCUUUAAUACCAAAGGACUGCUUAGUACAUCAGCAGCAUUGCAGAACCUGGAGUGAUUGUCAGCAGGAAAGAGAGUGGGACUGCUCCACAGGUGAUUUGGUAGUUUUGGGAUAUCAUAUAUUUGAUGAUUAGAACAGAGUUCCACUCCAUAUUCAGUUUUUGCAUUCUGAAAAGCUAGUUUGGAAUGGAGGGGAAUUCUUAAAAUCAGUGUAACUCCUGAUCCAUGCAGCAGUGUGGGAUCCAGCAGCUCUGUAGGACUGGCACUGAUUUUUCCACUGGGUGAUGUGCAGACUCUGGCCCCCUGGAAUUUCCCCUGGAAGCACACAGGGAAGCAGCAGGAAUGCACAGGAUGUUCUCUCCUUCAUGCUGUGGUUUGGGCUGCUCCUAGUGAAAACUCAGUGCCCCCACUGCCUUAAAUUACCAGGUUUUUAGGAGUUUUAGCCCAAAGCUAGGUUGCAUCAGUGGACUAAAUCAUCUCAGCCAAGAAGGGAUGUCAGUUUGGGUGCUUGGAAGCAAAUUUUGGAAACAUUUAUUUAGGUUUAUUUUGUGCCUGUCCAAAAGUAUGGGAGGGAGUGUUGGAAGGGCUGGAGCAGCUCACUGGUUGCUUUCUUCUUCUGUGCAAUGGACAAAUUUGAAUAGACAACAGUGACAUGUGCAACAUAAAGUCUGCAGUGUGACCCUAUUUAUUUUAAUGUUUUAUCUUUAACAUUAACUUUUUGAAUACUUCUUGUCAGCAGUGCUUGAAAUAAGUUUUGGCUGUUAACAGAUGGCCUGUGGCAGGCCAGGCUGUUGGCUCAAACUCCAAAAGCUCCUUGGAAUAUGGGUCUUCAAUCUGUAGCUGAGAAAUGACCUUAGAAGUCAUUCUCUGUCCUCAGUGCACGUGUCUGGCUGCAGCUCCUUUACAAAACCUGUUUGCACCCUGAGCAGAGAUGGUGUCUUCUGUCACUUGGGUCAGCCUGGAGAGGCUUUGGGAAUUAGCAGGUGCUGUGAUACCUCAUUGCUGCCAGAGUGUGGGCAGGGGAUCCGUGGAUGGCUGAGGGAAGCAAGUGAAUUAUUUUCUUUUAAUGAAUAUGACUUUCUUUAAAUGAAUCGUGGGUCUCUUCACUUGUGCAAAACUGAAUCUGUGAGAUUGUUAACAAAUCACUCCAGUUGAGUGAACUGGUUUUGGACUCUUCACUCAAAUCUUCUUCCUAGGAAAGAACUCUUCUAGGUGAAUUAGUUUGCAAAGUACUGCCGUGUCCUGGGCUAAGUAACCUGCUAUUGAUUCUGAGUUACAUCCUUCCUAUUGGACUUUUUGAUCACUUCAGCUAAAACUUUCCUUUUAAGUGAUUUCUGAGGAUUAGACAGUUCAAAAUUCUGUGCCUCCCAGGUGCCUUUUGGCUUCUUUCUGAGCUGGGGUGUGGAGGAAAUGCCAGCACGAGCUUUGAACUGCCGCCCUGUUUGCUUGGUGUCACAGCCUUAAAAUUAUCAGCAUGUUUGUCCUUCAGUAUUGUGGUGUUGCAAUGUAGAGGCUGUUUCUAUGGUUCUGAUUUCAAUUUGAACUCUGGUGUUAAGGAGGCUUCCUCUUCCUCUUCCCAUCUGGAAUGUGGAGGUUCCGUGCUCCAGGCUGAGGAUGCCUCCAUGGCCACUAGUGCUGAGCACAGCUGCCCUGUGUGUGUUGUGGAUGCUUCCCUAGUUUUUAACUGUGCUGUCUGUGGAUUGUAGCUGUGGCAUGUCCCACGAAUUGGGAUCGCUGCUCAUCCCCCCAGCGUGAGGCAGAAGAAUUGGUGUUCCUAGAGACGCUUGCUCAUCCAGGUACUCGCCUUCCUGCACAGCUAGGAGUCAUUCUAAAUAAUUUGCAGGCAGUUUUGUCUUUCUGAGUAGUGGUCAGAUGAUUCUGCAUACAUGGAGCUUGGUGUUUGUCAUUUGCAUUUACAAUGAGAGUCGAAACUUAAACUAGGAAAGGGUUAAAAAUACUUAUUUCAUUUUACUUCUAACUCUGCGGAAUGGGAGCUGAGGCUCCCCGGUGCUGCUCAGUGGAGUCCCUGUGUGUUGUGCCCCCCAUGCAAGGGAAUUUGGAGAUUUUGUUGUCUUCCCCAGCAGUUCUCACAUUUACCAGGAAGCAGAUCUGCAUGCCAGGUUACACAAGUGCUGUAGGCAAAGCAAAGCCUUUCCCCUGCUCUCUCUUCGAGACCAGACCCAACAUCUUCGUAACCACUGGCGACUUCAUCAUCCUCCAUCAGCACCUUCCUCUUCAAACAGCAUGUGUGAGCUCCGGUUCAUAACAUUUGUGCCAUGUUUAUAAAUCAGUUUUUUAUAUUUUUGUACUGAAAGAAAUUGGAGCACUUUAGAAAAGUUGAUUUCAAAUUCCAUUUCUGUCUGUAGCCAGAAGGAGAUCUCUCAUGGGUGUAGAUCCUGUUGGCAUAACUGUGUGCAUCUCACUCAGAGCUGUGAACUCUCUUGACACUCUUUAGUCUUAGGUCUGGUUUCUAGGCCCACCUUGCACUGUAAAGAUUUAAUAAAUAAUCAUGGUCCAUGGUUAAAUUGACCAUUUUGUUGGGGAAGAGUUUGGUUUUGUUUUUUCGUUAGGGUGUAAACAUUGUAAAUAUUUCCUUUACUGUUGAUACUGCAGUAGCAACAUCUUUGUAGUCUUUAUUUUAUUUGUAAAGUUGAUGGUUAAAUGUUAAUAUUCUGUUGAAUUGUGCACUCUUGAUUAAUUGUAAACAUGAUCUUAGCACACCAAAUGAUGAUUUUUACAAUGAUUGCAUUGUUUCUCCACUGAAGGAUUUCAGAGCUGCAAUAGGACUGAAACCAACUUCUAGCAAUAAAAAAAAAGAACAUUUAAAAA